AUGCAGCGGCAGAUACCGCAGCAGGGCGACGCGGCUGUCCAGAACGCCUCGCAGGCGGCUGUCAUCCAGCAGAAACAGCAGCAAGUACCGCAGCAGGGCCACGCGGCCAUUCAGAAUGCACCGCAGGUGGCUGCCAUCCAACAGCAACAGCAGCAGCGAGUACCGGGCACCCGGCGCCACACACCGCAGAAGGGCUACGCGGCUGUACAGAACGCCCCGCAGGCGGCUGCCAUCCAGCAGAAACAGCAGCAGCAAGUACCGGACACGCAGCGACAGAUACCGCAACAGGGCUACGCGGCCGUUCAGAAUGCACCGCAGGUGGCUGCCAUUCAACAGCAACAGCACCAGCAAGUACCGGGCACGCAGCGGCAGGCAUCGCAGCAGAGCUACAUGGCCGUCCAGAACACCCUGCAGGCGGCUGACAUCCAACAGAAAGAUCCGCAGCAAGUACUGGGCACGCAGCGGCAGAUACCGCAGCAGGGCUACGCGGCCGUCCAGAAUUCCCCGCAGGCGGUUGAUAUCCAACCGCAACAGCUGCAGCAAGUAUGGGGCACGCAUGCGCAGAUACCGCAGCAGGGCUACGCGUCCAUCCAGAAUGUCCUGCAGGCCGCUGCUUUCCCACAGCAACAGCUGUACGUAAUGACGAACCAGGGAUACUACCCGAGCGCGAUGGCUGCCGCCUACCAGGCGGCCGCGGCGCUUCAGCCGCAGCAACAGCAGAAACAACAGCAACAGAAGCAGGAGCAACAGGUGCAGCCACAGCAGUAUGCGCGACAGGCCCAGCCCUGUCAGAACUACCCGGCGCAGGCCUACGCCUUGCCGCAGACCAACCAGGCGGCUUACCUGCAGUCGCCGGCCUACCUGGGUUCCAAAAGCUACACAGGAGCACAGAUUAGUUCGGUUUCCCCACUGAUCGGAGCGGCGAGCUACUCGGCUGGCUGGCCCAGCACAGCUGCUUCUGCCGACAAGCAGUCAAAAAGUCCAUGGGCCACGUACCAGCAGGCGACGGGGGCAUGGCCUUCUCGGUGUCCCUCUCCGCAGAAGGCCGACGCCGGUCACCAAAAUUACUACUACGGCAACAGCUACCCAAGCGCAAGCGAAUGUCCUUCAGUCUACGGGAUUUACAUGGUCUCCACUCCGGACGGCUACCAGAGGCCGAGCUACGGACAGGGAUACGGACGACCACGUGUCUGCCAAGCGCAGUCCCGUUAUCCCCAAGGUCGCCAGCCGGCGGCGCCACAGGGCGAAUACGGCCACCAGCCGCCGCUGCUGCAGAGACUGCCCGCUCUUCCUACAUUGGACAGCAUCAUCAUCGUUUUUGCUGCACCACCAGCCAUGGGCCGAAAGACCGCCGAAUCUCGCUGCCUGUGA